CAGUUACCUGCAGACAAGCGUGCAUCCUCUGACCUCAGUAUUGCCAGCUCUGAAGAGGAUAAACUUUCGCAGAAUGCCUCUGUUCUGGAAUCUCUUUCUGAGAAAACAGAAAGUAAUGCAAUUGAGGACAAAGCCAGCACUAUAUUUCCAGAUGACAAAACAACUGGGGAUGAAUCUGAGGACAUUAAUUUUAGGAAAACAGCUGAUAUCAUAUGUGAUACUUCUGUUGGUGAUACAAAAGUGCAGAAUGGUUCUGUGCCAACUGGUGAAGAUGAGCAAGGCAAAAUAGUGCCAGCUGAAAAGAAUACAGAAAGCCUGGAAAAAACACAUGAAGAUAUGGAAACCCAGAAGGGAGGAAAAGAACUUGAUGUGGUAGCAAAAUCAGAAAUAAAGGGUGAACCUGACCUAAAAAUAGAGAAAGAAAAUUACAUGGGAGAUGAACAGAUAAAAGAUAAGAAGCUGAAAAUAGUAUCUACAACUGAAGUUGAAGAAGCCAUUUCUAAGGAAACUGGUGAAAAAGAAGAGAACAGAACAGAUCUCUCAGAAAUUAAGGAAGGAAAGGUCCCUGCAGAAAGUACUACAGAGCAAAAGAAAGAUGAAGAUCAGAAAGAGGUGAUAGACACUACUACAGAAACUCUACCGAAAGUGGCUGAUGAAGAAAAGGAACUAAUAAAGCCUGGAAUUGACAGCAUUAAGGAGAUAGGUGAUAUUGCUGAAACACAGAUCAGUGAUGGAGAUAAAACACCUGAGACGGAGGAUAAGCCAGUGGAAAGUCAGGCUAAGCAGGUCCAUGAGAUAAUCAGCUCUGAAGAAACUCUACCAGAAAGCCAAGAUAAAGCGAUCAAAGUAGACAAGAAACAGGCAGAAAGUGAAAAUGAGGAUAUUUGUAAUAUAAGCAGCAUGGAGGAAACGGAGAUCAAAGACAAGGUAGACCAGAAAGCAAUGCAGAGCAAGCCUGAGGACAUUUCCAAUAAAGUGGUGGAUAAACUGACUGAUAUGGACCAAAAUUCAGAGGAGCACAGACCUGAGAAUAUCCAGGAAAACAAUAUUCAGAUAGACAAAGAACAUUUGGAAGUUACUUCUGAUGAAAUAACGAAGAAUAAGCUUCAAGAUAUUGUCAAUGAACAAGCUGAUGACUCUGAAGUCACUCCAGUCCCCAGUAUUAGUAUUAGCACCGAAGAAAAUGAGGAGAAAGUCAGAACAGAUAAUAAAGAUAAUACCGAAACUUUGCAGCAGCUAGAAUCAGAGAAUUUGAAGGAAAACGAUGCAGAUUCAGGCACUGGUUCUACAGCUGAUAACAGCAGCAUUGAUUUGAACUUGUCAAUUUCUAGUUUCCUUAGUAAAAACAAAGAGACAGGAUCAAUAUCUUUACAGGUAAGUAUAAGCAAUCAUAUAUUUUUAUAUAAAAUCCUAUGUGAGUGUGACCCUAAAAUUAUCUCCAAAUUUGACCUUUGCAACAUAGAAAAUUGA